GUCCAUUAAACAACAUCAUCUUACUGCGACUAGCCUUCUCUCGUGUUCUUUGCUGGCUUCUCUCUUGUUUAUACUUGCAUUCUUGUCUUCAAUUUAUCAAGCUGGAGGCUGUUUCGGCACGUAUGGCGGCGAGGGACCGAUUUGGUUCUUUCGCUGACCCGUCGCUAUCACCACUUCAACGAGCUAUACACAAUGCCUGCGAACCAACGAAUUACGAACCGAAUCUCGCAUUGAACCUCGAAGUCGCAGACUUGAUAAACCAGAAGAAAGGCAAUGCUCCUCGCGAAGCUGCCAUUGCAAUUGUUCAUUUGAUCAAUUCCCGAAAUCAGAAUGUCGCUCUUUUGGCUUUGGCGCUUCUUGAUAUAUGCGUGAAAAACUGCGGAUACCCAUUCCAUCUUCAGAUAAGCACAAAGGAAUUCCUCAAUGAGCUGGUCCGACGAUUUCCCGAGCGGCCACCUGUUCGGCCGUCGCGGGUACAACAUCGGAUACUCGAGUCGAUUGAAGAAUGGCGGCAGACAAUAUGUCAGACUUCUCGAUACAAGGAGGAUCUAGGUUUUAUUAGGGAUAUGCAUCGUCUUUUACUUUAUAAGGGCUAUCAUUUUCCAGAAGUGCGACAUGAAGAUGCCGCGGUUUUGAAUCCCAGUGAUACCCUCCGAUCAGCAGAAGAAAUGGAGGAGGAGGAAAGAGCGGCGCAAUCCGCAAAACUUCAGGAACUUAUUCGACGAGGAACGCCACAUGAUUUGCAGGAAGCGAACCGCUUGAUGAAGGUCAUGGCAGGUUAUGACACGAGAAAUAAGACCGAUUACCGGGCCAAGGCUGCUGAAGAAGUUUCGUAUAUUCAACAGAAAGCUAAGAUUUUAGAAGAGAUGUUGCAAAGCAUUCAACCGGGUGAUAAGAUAUCCGCCGGCGAUGUAUUUGAGGAACUGGCCAAUGCUCUACAAAGUGCGCAUCCCAAAAUCCAAAAGAUGUGCGAUGAGGAAUCAGACGAUACCGAGGCAGUUGAAAAACUGAAGCAGAUCAAUGACAGCAUCCAAAGGACUAUACAACGAUACAAACUGGUGAAGGCGGGCGAUUUUGAAGGUGCUUCCAGGAUACCAAAGGGAACUUUGGGCACCACGACUGGAGUUGGAAAGAAUGCGAAUAAUGAAUUGUCGUUGAUCGAUUUUGAUCCUGAACCGAGUCCGAAUGGGCAGGAACAAGCGGCUACAAGCUCCUUGGAGGAUGAUUUACUCGGACUGUCUUUCCAGGAUAGAUCCGCUCCUGGACCUGUAAAUUUAGGGUUUGAUGCACCCAUUGCAGCGUCUUCGGGCGUUCCAUCCGCCCCUUCUCAGACUCAGGGAGCUGCUGGCAGUGGCUUCCAGAGGAAUUACGACAUUCUUUCUUCUCUUUCGGGAUCUCAACAAACAUCUCAAUCGUCCACACCGGCACCUGUUAUAUCGCAAGCGACGAAACCAACGUCUCCUCCACCAGCCGUUGAUCCCUUCGCUUCAUUGAUUUCAGCAAGCUCAAUGUCAUCGUCUCCCAUGGUUUCUAAUCAAGGAGUUUCAUCAUCCUCGGCCAUUGUAGACCUUUUGGGCAGUGGCCCAUCGUCAUCGACUACUGGCAGCAUCGCCACUACUGCACCAACAGACGAUGAAUGGAGUUUCACAUCAGCUCUACCGACAGAAAAUACAUUACCAGCAACGAACCGAGUGCGGGUUUUGGAAUCUUCCCUGGUCGUUGAUUUUGAAGCUCGAAGGAAACCCGGUGAACCCCGGACAAUCCAGAUUAUGGCCCUCUUUUCGAAUAAGACUAGUCAACCAUUGACUGAACUUCAUUUCCAAGUGGCUGUUGAGCGGGCAUAUCAUCUAAAACUCCAACCACAAACAGGAAGAGACAUCUCCCCUUUACAGUCUGUUGGUGUCAAGCAAGAAAUGUUGAUUGAGAACGUUGAUGCUGGCAAGGGAAACUCUGUCAAGGUACGCUUCAAAGUCUCGUACCGAGUUGGGGGAAAGGCCACAGAGGAGCAGGGCAUGGUACCACAGUUAGGUAUUUCAUAAUGAACCGGUUUUCAGAAAUGAUGGUUCCUUGUGUCCUUUUUGGUCUGGUUGUCAACCAAAUCACUCGUUCGAGUUUGAUAGAAUGUUCGUCUCGCUUCGUUUUGAUAUCAAUGUCAAUUCGGAAAUGGGUCUGUUUGAACCUUGCAUAAUUGCGUUCCUUACGUGAAUCUGUGUGCUUUUUUUUUUCUUUUUCUCGCAAAGUAUAUACCUUUAUCUCGCUUCUCUGGAUCUAUAGUUCGUAUAAGAAAAGCUCAGAUUUCGUUUGCCUGUC